CUGGCGGUCACUGUGACUUUUGACUUUGGCGGGUUUUCGCCUUUUUUUGUUGAUGUUGAUUAGCUAGUAUGUUACUUUCUGAAUCCAGAGCCAAUCUUUUCGACUCUUUCAAAGCUGAUUCUCCAGAUGAUGAGUUCAGCAAACCGAAAAGAUGUUUGAAGUCGGGAUCAAGCCCUCAUAAGUCAUUGAAUAUGAUUAUUUUGGAAGAUGAAAAUGAUGAUGAUGACGAACGUUUGGCUCGACGAAAGUCACGUUUACUUGAGCCUCAUCCCGCUAGUGUUAAUAGUCCAGGUGCUAGCUCUACUGCAGCUAGACGACGCGCAGAUGCCGCAGCUCCACGUGGUAUACCUCAGGCACAAAUUGGUGAACAUUAUGGCAAUUGUAUUCGACUAGCUGCGGAAAAUAAAAUCACGGCCAAAAAUGCUUUUAACUUACAUCUGAUCGAUUACAUGAGUGAAAUGAUAAAAAAGGAGGACUUCGCAAGCUUCCAGAUUGCCAGCUCAUCGUUGGAUGCUGGAGCAAAAAUAUACGCAGGUCGUGUUGAUGCUGUACAUCAAGAAACGUAUCAGGUGCUUACUGGACUUGGUCGCUCAGGCAAUCCUCAAAAUGGAGAGAAUGAGAGUAAUGCCGAUAAUGUUGAUGAUGACGAUAAGACUCAUUCACAUUCUAAACCAGAGCAAAAAAAGAAAACUGCUUCACAUCGAGAUAUUAUCCAUAAACAACUAAAUAAGAUUCGAAUUAAAACACUAGCUGAUAAGAUUGAUGUUGACCCUUUGUUUCAACAUCAAACAGCUGCCUACGAUGAGGGGGGUACUGCUGAACUAAGAUUAAACCAGCUUUCCACUGCUAAUGCUUCAUGUGAAUUGAUUUUAGACUCAUCAACUCCUGUUAUGCUCCGUACGUUGACCACCACUCAACCAAUAACUCCUAUGAAUGUUACAAAUGUUACUGAAUUUUUGUCUUCAAUGCUUGCAAGAUCACUAAAUCAACUAUCUAUAUGCUCUACGUUGCAAAGCUUUCGCUUUACCGAUUGGGAUCUAAACAAGAACAGUUUUGAUUCAAAUAGCCAAAUGAACUGGGAUACAAAUUCAAAACCUAUUAAUUUGUUUAAUCAAGACAAUAAUGAUGAUGGUGAUGACAAUGGAUUCAAUCCUCUUCCAGUUCAGGAUGAUAGUUUUUGUGACAAUAUUCAUGAAGACAUAAACUUGGACCCAGUGUGUGAAACUGGAAUGCAAGUUGAGGUGAAUGGUUCAUCAGCAGAAGCUGUAAAUAAUAAUAUUGGAUCUGAUAAUCUGUUGGCUAAUAUUCCCGUUACCGAAAAUACUACCGCUACUAAUACUAAUACUACUACUACUACAGCAGAUGGUGAAUUAUUUGUAUCCUGUUUAAAAAAUAUGCUGGAUAAACAGUAUGAACAUUUUGGAAAAUUAAAUGAUCAUCUGUUGGGUAUGUGGGCAGGACCUGAACAUUGGCGUAAAAAAGCUAAAAGACCGAAGUUGGAUGGUACAGUUAAAUUAAAUGAAGACAACCCUGAGAAAAAUUUUGAACAUGGACUAGGUGAAAGUGAAACGGGGAUUGUUGACAAGGUAAUAAACAGUCGAAAGAUGACCAAGUCGAAAAGAGAUAAAGCGCAAAAAAUCUGUUAUGCUGAAACGAUUAAACCGAGCGAGAAUCGAACAAGGAGUGGUAGAUUGUCCAGACGAGAUUGGCUCAAAAAUGUUCUAUCAUCUGGUGUAGAAAACAGUACUGCAUCCAACUCGACGAUAUUUAAGGAAACCUACAGGCAGAAAGCCAAUCGUCAAAUGAACAUGCUCCCUUCAGAAUGGUCUGAUUCUCGCCAAACUUUAUAUCAACUUGUUAAUCGAGAUGUAAUUCUGCGUCCGAAUAUUCUCCCUGAUGGUAGAAAUCUCACAAACUGUAAUAACAUUACAAGUGAGAACGCAGACUAUAUGGUUGGAACUAAUGAAUUAUGUGCAGUUCUAACUGUUGGUAGCUCAGAACGACCUGUUGACAAUGAGUAUGAAGAUGCUGACGGCGGACUCGACCAGUUGAGGAACCAUCAAGAUGACGACGACGAUGAUGAUGACGCAAUAAUCCCAUUCGAAUGUGCCUUUACACAAAACGCUGGGUAUAAUGAUGGUGAAUUGACUGAUAUAGAAUUAAUUUCACAACCAAAUAAAGUGGCUCGCAUUGAAAUUGGUUACGCUCGAACUGCGAAAAUGAUUAACGUUCAACGGUUAAAGUGUGCUAUGUGGGGAUUCCUCGAACAUACAGUUCCUCACGUUGGUUUAAAUAUUCCAUCUCAGUCACCAUUAUCUGUUGCUUCUACAGCCUCAGCUCCUGAUACUAAUAGUUUAGUGGACGAUCCAACAUCACUCAAUGUAAACGAAAACCAAAAACAAUACCCGAUGAAUGAGGACGUUAUUGAGUCGGACAGUGGAAGAGCAUCAUGUCUACCUAAAGUUCACGGUGCUCGAGGUUUCUCAGAAGUUAUUGACAACUUAUCAGGUCGUAUAAGUUGGCAAAUGGCUAAAGAACUUAGUAUAUCAAUUGCUUUAAAUUGUCUUUUGCAUUUGUCUAAUGAGAAACAAUUAUAUCUAGAAAAUGUAGACAGUUUUUCAGAUAUAUACAUCUCUCAAGGUUUGCCUUCAUUUGAAUUGAAACAUCUUGAGACUUACACUAAUAUAUGUGAUAAUAAUGCUAUUCAUCAUGGCGAUAUAAUAUCUGGUAAUAAACCAAAGUUGAACAAUCAAAAACGUAAUAAAACUCGACAUAUACGUCCGUCUACACUGGAUUCAUGGCUUAUCGAAAAUGAUUAAGGAUCGUUGGUUAAUAAUUUGUUAAAUUAUGCAAAUAAUAUUAUUGUAUAAAGAUGAAUAUAUUUUGUAUUCUUUCAAAUUAGAUCAAAGAUGUAUUAUAUGUUUUGAGGUUUUCAUUUUUUGUGUGUAGUAAUUAUAUAUAUAUAUAUAUUCCCUGUAUAUAUAAGAUAUUUUCCCCGUAAAUUUGUCUAUAUUCUUAUGUAAUAUUCAAUUACAUACCAUUUCAUUAUCAUUAAAACAUCUUGAUGACUAACUUUGUCAUUUGAAGUUCCCGAUUUUACACCUUGUUGUUAUGAUAAUCUAAACUUUUUUGUUCGUCUUUCUUCUUCAUUAUUCAUAUGGUCAUUUUUUUGUGUACACAUACCCCAAUACAACCGUACUUUAUACUGUCUAUUGAUUAAUGACAUUAACUCUACUUAAUCCUAUUCCGAUUCAUACUAUACUUAGUCUUAUGUCUGGAUUCCUACUGUGUAAUAUUAUACGUCAUUAUGUUAUCCUUGUUAUAUUAUUUGUCUUCGAACUACACAUGUUAUUAUACGUAUAUGUGCUUGCUUAAGUUAAAUGUUAUUCUGUACACAGACAAUCCUUUUCAUCGUUACUUUUCAUUUGUUCAAAUGAAUUGGCAGUGUUCCGAAUUUGUUUUAUAAUUUACCUUCUAUUUUUUUAAUAAAAUAUACUUUAUUUUAUUUCUUUAUUGUUAAAAUGAAAGAAAGUGCUAUUCUAUUCCUUAAAUUUAGUAAUUGUGUUCAUUUUUAUUUGAAGGUUACUUAAAUACUUGUUUGUUUAUUUGUUUGUUUGCGUUCGCCGAUUGUUUGAAAUAAUACAACUUGUACAUUUUAUUGUUAUAUUAAGGAGGUACUUUGUAUGUAAUCAACACGUUGCAUAAUAGUUUUAGAAAAUUCCGCCUCAUUGCAUAAAUGUAAUCAUCAUGGAUAGUUUAAUUAGUAACUAGAUAUUUAGGAAUUUAAACGGUGUUAUCAUAUUCAGGUCUUAAAAAGAGAAUCACAAAUCCAAUGUCGCUUUAGCUACUCAGUUACAUGUACCACCGUGAACAUUUAGUCAUUCAAAAACAGUACUAGUCCGUAACAUGAUAGCUUACAAAGCGGUUUUUUGGACAUCUGUUACUGUUAAAAUAUUCAUCAUUUCCUAAUAAGUAUUAAUUCUUUGGAUGGUAUAUGACUAAUCAUUUCGAUCGUCAACUAUAAUUAUUGUUUUUGAUCCGAACAAGGUAACGAAUUCGGAUACUAGUUUUGUUCGGCAUAAGGGUUUCAUUACUCUGCCGAAAAUCCUUAAUAAUCAGUGAAAUAUCUGUAAUAAUUUCCAACUAAUAAUACUAUUUUCAAAACAUGUAAUUUGUUUGAUAACAAUAUAAUUAUGUUGACAUACGUAUAAACGCUCAAAACACCUGGAAAAUAAAUCUAGUAUUAUUC